AUGUCUCGUUGGUUCCGUGACUACUGGCGCAUCGUGGUACCGCCCAAGUCGCCCGACGAGAUCGACGCCGAGCGCUGGCUGCUUGUGUGCCCCUUGCCCGGCGCCCGGUACGGGUCGUGCCAGUGCCGACCGUUCUUCCGGUAUUACAUUCUGGUUGCCGCCGUGCUAGUGCAGUUUGUCUGUGGCGUCCUCUUCGCCAUGACCAUCGUUUCCAAACCGUUUGACUUGAACGUGUUUGGCGCGACCACCAACAACCGCAACGCGCGGCUCACGAUCGAGAGCGGUGUCGCCAUUGCACUCGCGAUGGCCUUUGUGGGCCCGGUCAACGAGCGCCGUGGGCCGCGCUGGAGCAUGCUCGUCGGCAGCAGCCUCGCGGUCGCGGGUCUCUGCGCGAUCCAGAUUGCACUCUGGGCGCGGAUCUGGGCGCCGCUGGUCGUCGGCUGCAUUGGCUGCGGCCUCGGCUUUGGCUUCCUCAUGAUCUGCUCGGUUUCGACCGUGCAAAAGUGGUACCCCGAUCUGCGCGGCUCGGCCCUCGGUGUGAGCAUGCUCGGGUUUGGCGCCGGGCAAAUUGCGUGGAACGCGACCUUCGACAGCGUCCGCGACCACCUCGCCGACGAGAUGGCGCUCAACACGACGUUCCUCUUUGUGAUUUUACUCCUCGCGCCGCUCCUCGCCUUCGGGAUAGUUGCGAUGCGGACACCACCAGCGACCUUCCGCGUCCAAGGCCACAACAUGCACGGCAUCCCGACCGAGGCCGUCUUGAGUCCGACGACGCUUCAAGACGACUUUUACAACAUUGGCAUGACACUGGUCAACUACUCGGCGGUAACGCAGCCGCGUCAGGACGGGGCGGUCGCGGGCACGGACCGAGCGUACCACGAACACGUCAAGGGCUUGACGCUGCUCCAGUGCAUCUUUUCGACGGACUUUUUCUGUCUCGUGGUCGCGUCGGCCGCGCUUGCGUGUACCGGGCUUCUCUACGCCGAGAUUUCCGACCCGACCGACCAAGACCGCAUUCCUCGCUGGUUCAACACGACCAGCAGCGACCACCUCAUGCUGCGCGCUGACAUUGCGGGUCUUUUAAGCCGCGUGGUUUGCCCGAUGCUUUCGGAUGCGAUGAGCAAAGGCUUCUACUGGAACCCGGCGUUUGCGCGCAAAGUGGUGUUUCUCUUGCUGCUCUUGGUGCCCGCCGUGUCGUUGCCGCUGCUCCUUACGAGCCUCGACGACUUUGCUCGGUUCCGAACCAUGAUUUAUAUCACCAAGACCGUUGCGAGCGGCGGGUUCGCGGUCAUUGGCUGCUUCCUCACCGACUUGUACGGCGUCUACAACAUGGGCACCAUGUACGGCCUCGUGCUCGCGGGUUGGUCCCUUGGCUCGGUCGUCGUCGCGGCGCGCUUCUCGGGCGACCGCACCGACUACUUUGACCAAGUGCAGCUCAUGUGGGUGCUCUGCCUCAUCGGGUUUUGCCUCAUGGUCUUUGUCCGCACGGACAGCAUGGACCGGUUCUACCACGGCUACCAGCUCUCAAUCUGUGGCAAAACAGUGCUGCAAAUCCCGUUCAAGCGCCGACUGGAAGCGUCGUCGACCAUGGACCCGGGCGGCUUGAGCAUGACGACGUUGGGACGCUUGAGCAGCAAGCAGCAGAUAUCAACGUCGCUGAGCAAAACGAUGAGCUUCAAGCACGACGGCGCAUUCUUCAUUGUGAGCUCCGAUUCCGAAACCAGCGUCGGCCAUUUCGACGUAUAA